AUGACUCGUCACGAAGGAGACCCAGCUUUUCGCGUACCAGCAAUCAAACGUGAACAUCAAGUCCCAGAAUUUAUCGCAGGUGCCCCAUUUCAUAACGAAGAAAUGGACAAAGGAACCUCAAAAAUUAUAUCCCGUGCACCGACUGUGCUAGAAGAUGGGUCCUUUUAUGUUGUUUUCGAAGACGGAGAUAUGCGGAAUCCAGUCAACUUCUCUCCCACAAGGAAGUGGGCAAUCACGAUAAAUGCUUGUGUCUUUACGAGCAUUGUGGCUGCCGCCGUAUCUUCGUAUACCAUGGGUUAUUCGUCCAUGAUCAGAGACCUCAAUUGCACAUUAUUUCAAGCAACUCUGGGAUUUAGCGUGUACACCAUAGGAUUUGCACUCGUGCCCUUGGUCACUUCGUCGUUCAGCGAGGAAUUCGGCCGCUUUCCUUUUUACAUCGUCUCGUCUUUUAUGUUUGUGCUGACUGAGAUUAUGAUAGCUUUGGCACCGAAUAUACAAACCGUCAUUGUAGCUCGUGCUGUUGGAGGGUGCUUUGGCUCGACGGGCGCAGCGCUCGUGGCUGGGAGUAUCGCAGAUAUAUGGUUGCCUCAUCAACGGGGAUUCCCUAUGUCCCUCUUUGCCUUAGCUGUCAUUGCAUCUUCUGGAUUAGGCCCGAUGGUUGCGGGCUGGAUCGAGGCUAAUCCAUCCCUGCAAUGGCGGUGGAUACAUUGGAUCCAUGCUAUCGUCAGCGGGGCGUGUUAUAUUCCCAUGAUUUUUGUUCUGACAGAGACUCGCCCGACUGUCAUUCUGGCUCGUAUAGCCCGUCAAGCUCGAAAGGACACCGAAGAUGACCGAUAUCGUGCAAGGUCAGAAAUAGACAAGCCUUGCUUUAUGUCUAUGGUUGCGACUUCAUGCACUCGCCCAUUAAUUCUCUUAUUCACUGAGCCCAUUGUUCAGGGCUUUAGUCUCUGGAUUAGUUUUGUAUGGGGAGUUCUCUUUUUUUUACUCGAUUCAGUAUCGAGCGAAUUCAAAGACAUCUACGGAUUUGGUGUCGGAGAGACUGGGAGCGUUUUCGUCACCAUAGCCAUCGGAAGUCUUCUAGGUUACUUGGCUAAUAUCUACGGGGAAAGACUAUACAAAAAACAUGUCCACCGCAAAGGCCCAGAAGCUCGUCUUUACAUAGCUUGCGUAGCAUCCAUAUUCUUUCCCAUCGGAAUGCUCAUCUUUGCGUGGACCGCCCGAGAGGAUAUCCUAUGGAUAGUUCCUAUGAUUGGCCUUACGCUUUUCAUGACCUCCGCUUUCAUACUGUAUCAAGUCGUAUUCAUUUACUUGGCAGAUUGCUAUGGGCCCUAUGCAUCUUCAGCACUGGCAGGUCAGAGCCUAUGUCGAAACACGCUUGCUACUGUCUUCCCGCUCUACACGAGUCGAAUGAAUGACCUCUUGACAUACAAAUGGGCAGGUACAGUCUUUGCGCUAAUAGCGGCUAUCAUGAUUCCUAUACCAUAUAUUUUUUUCUUUUAUGGGUCGAGAAUGCGAAAGUGCAGCCCUGUCUCCCGGAAUAUCCUAGAGAUCGAAGUUGAACAAAAGAACCCCGACUCGGAAAAGUCGUAA